AUGCGUAUCAUAGUGCGGUACGACGUGUGGGAGGUGGCGGCGGCAGCACCAGCCACGGCCCCCUCACCGUCACCAACACUGCGGCUCCAGACUAUUUUUGACGGCGAGUUGUGUGUUGUUGUCCCUCGUGCUUUGUACGUUUUUACUCUCCAUAACACGGCUGCCCCCAGUGUCUUCAACCCGAGGUGUUAACGUGUUCGUGGAUCUAACUCAGUGAGGACCGAGGUGUGCCACAGUCAGGUGAUCUAGUUGGUACAUCAUUAACCAGAAGGAAGUGCUACAGGCGAGCUAACUUGUCACCAGGGAUCAAAGUGUACAGACCUGUUGCUGUAUUCGACCCUUUAUGUCUGUGAGCUGACCCAGAGGUGGUGUUCCUCGGCCCCGCCUCGCUCGGGCUCUUCACCGACGCCCUGCUCAAGUAACUGGCGGAGUUGGACAGCGCCACACCUGCCGGCGCCAGGGUGUCACCUGGUGAAUAGUGAACUACGACCAGUGUGACAUGUGGACGAGUGGCCAGCCUGUGAUGUGAGUGUGGUGGAGUCCCUCACUUGCUGUGGUAGAGGUCCCACAGCUAUUAUAAACAUCCUGAAGCUCCUCAGCUGGUUUAAAGGAUCUUCCCAGUUGUUGUUGGGUGUAGCGCCCCCCCCCCCGUAAGAGGUGGUAGUGUGGUGUUAUGGCUAGCAUGUGCGUUACAGUGAUGGGAGGAGUAUGGUGUGAGGCUCGCCCAGUGUAACACCCUCAAGUGUGUGUAGAGAAGCAUGACCCUCUGGAGCAGCACUACACAGCAGGCACCAGACACACCUCCACGACAAGGGGGGUGCAGGUGACGGCGCCGCACCAUGCUGGUCACCAACUUCAGCGGCAACUUGGUGGUGGUGAGCCCGACCGCGUUCAAGCUAGUGACGGAGGUGGCGGCGGGUACCACGACGGAAGGCACCCUCUACAACGACUCCGGCGGACAGGAGGAGGGGGAUGCUGAUGUCUCCUGGGCCGAAGGAUAUAACAAUUCACUUCUCCUCCUCCUGCAGAAUAACUUUACUGUCUUGAAUCAAACGGCGGUCAAUGAGACGGUGGGACUGGCCGGCCGUCUUGUGUACUGUAAAGAGUGGCCAGGGGCGAGCCUUACUCUCUUCCAGGUAGCCAACUUCUUCUGCCUGCUGGCGUUCUUGGUGCCGCACAACUUCCGCAUGUCGGCGCUGGUGAUGCGGGUGGUGCUAUGUGUGGGGAUCUUGUUGUUCUCGCUGUGGGCGGUACUCGACAUCUGUGCUGUGGACAUCUUGGCGUGGAAUCUGAGCUUCCUCAUGAUCAACACGGGCCACGUACUCUACCUCACCUACAGCGUGUGGCCUCCCCGCGUCCACAAGGAUCUCGUUGACCUCUACGACAAAGUCUUCAGGCCCCUCAAGGUAAACAGACAGAACUUCCGCCACCUAGUGAGGGAGGCGACGGUGGUGUGGGUGGAGCCGGGGGACACCUACGCCAUGGAAGAUGUCACCCCCGCCGACGAGCGCCUCUCCAUCCUCGUCUCCGGCAAGCUACGAGUGACCUGCGAUUCCACCCAUCUUCACUACAUCCUGCCCAACCAGUUUAUCGACUCACCGGAAUGGGAGGCGUGUGCUGAUGACCUGAUGAGCUGUUCCAGGUGUGUGUUAACAGGUGUAUGUUUACAGGUAACGAUCUUGGCGGAGGAGAGAAGCAUGUACCUGUGUUGGACCAGGUCACGUCUCCGUCACCUACUGCACGUGAGGCCUUUCCUGCGAGCCAUCAUAUACAACCUUGUAGGUAAGGACAUCACCACCAAGCUGUACUCCCUCAACGAGCAGCUGGGCGUGGGGGCGCUAGGGUCGGAGGGCGUGCGAGGCGUGGGUGCCCAGGACGUGUGGCGAGGCGUGGUACAGAGGUCCAUGAGUGUCGACAACGUCCACACGGGUACCAAGGGCUUCGUCAGGUCAUUAGCCUGGCGAACGUCGAACAGGAGAACUUCAACUGGGUAUUGUGAGAGUGUCAGGUCCUCACCUGGCCGGUCUCGAGGGUCGCAUGCCUCAGACCCAGUCCUCAAAGAUCCUCAAGGAGGCCCCUGGGGAGGGGCUGCCCAGCAUGCCUCCACCAGCCAUCGCUACGUGGCUACUCACUCCCCACGCGGCUUAGAAUCGCCUUUAGCAGGAGCAGCAGCAGCGGCAGGAGACACUAGCAGCCUGACGGCGUUGGUGAGCGGCGCUUCAGGUAGCAGCGGCAAGCGCACCUCCCGGGAGAACGUGGUGAGGUGCGUCGUGCCCCCCAGGGCCAAUGUGGUGCCCCCCAGGGCCAGUGCCAGCCUCCCCAGCCACGCGCUCGACAACCCACACCUUCUGGAGACUUCAGUCUGACUCCCUCCCUGCCUGUGUCUGCCUCUGCUUCAUUCCUGUCUGUCUGCUCAACAGCCGCCGAUAGACCUGUAGCCAGAAGCAGUUAGCAGGUGUCCGGUAGAGGCUGGUAGUGAAUGGUAGCCGUGGUUUAGUGUCCGGCGCCUGCAUGUAGCCGGUGGUGGGCGGGGUGACGGUGCCGGCUCCACGCCCACCCUCCACGCCCACGUCCUCGGGGAUCUGCACCUUGGAGGCCACCAGCCUACAGUAGGGAGGCCCAGAGAUGUCCUUCCCUGGCCGGUUCCAUGGUGUACCGGAUACGUGAGGCUGUCAGUCACUACCUGACGCUGCGUGUGGCCUCCUGCACCCCCAUCUGCGGCACCCGGGACCUCUGACGCCCACCCCGCCGCCCACCAUCCCACUCGCUGACCCACCCUCCGGCAGUGUGGGUGGGGCGCCGCCGCUCCUCUGCCUCUAUCACCUUUCGUUUGCCUGUCAGUGGGACCAGCUACCCCCUGCGCUCCGCCUGUACCUUCUGCUGUAGCUGGUGGCCCCCUCGUCCAGCCAGCCGCCCAGCCAGCCAGCCCAGCCGUCUUGGACUUCAAGAUGUCCCAUCCACCGACUUCCGACUCUGUUCUCAGGACCUUUCGUUUGCCUCUUAAGUCCCGCCAUCAACUGUCUGUGAGAGAUGGUGAUGAUGAUGAUAAUAAUGAUGGUGACGAUAAUGUUGAUGAUAGUGAUGAUUAUGAUGAUGGCGUUCGUGAUAAUCAUGAUGAAGAUAGGAAUGAUGAUAAUGGUAAUC